AUGUCAACGCAUUUGGCAGCUUCUCUGUUCAGAAACAUUUAUCAUUUGACGCAAAAUGGGUUCACGAUCACUGAACUCAUUGAUAUUAUAGAAACGUAUGAAAAAGUUCAUGAAGAGAAUUUAAUUGAUGAUGAAAUUGCACAGAUAUGUAUUCUUUCAAACUCCAACUUGGACUUGUGGAAAUAUUGUAUUGAUGUUCGUCAAGGUAACAUUAACAAUAUGAAUACUGAUACAUGUACAGGUAUUCCAAUCAUUUAUGAAUGCUUACAGUCUACUAAAAGUAGUCUCUACGACCUGGAUCUAUUUGAAUAUUUAAUUGAAAAAGUGGAUGUAGUUUUUGACAAGAAAGCAGCUGUGCAAUUGAAAGUGGAUGCCUUGCAUCAUUACAUGGUCCGCUUGAUGUCUAAACUAUAUAAUUUGCAACACUCGACAGAAAAUCAUAGAUGGACAAAGAUAUUUCUCACACUAUUUAGUAAGGGAUCUAGAGUUUCAGAGAAAAUCAACGAAAGAACAGCUGUGGAUCUCAUGAAUCAAUAUUCUCCGUAUUUAGAUGAUUUUUCUGAAAUAAUAAAUAAUCAAUUGAGGCGAGAGCAAGAGGAUCAGAAGUCAUCAAGUGUAUAUAUUUCAUUAAUUUAA